AUGUCUACAAGCAGCUUCCAAUCUCCGGCUUCAAGUAUCUCUCGCAGAGACAGCCCCUUGAUAGCCGCUGCUAUGUCGGGCCACGAAGACAUCGUCAAAUGGUGCCCGAGUGGCCAAGACGGUCUCGCCAACGCGCUUCUGGGCUACAUUGCAAGCCGAAGUAGGAAAAUCGACACAUGGCCCGGAAGAAGAGAACCGUCGAACAGCGCGCAUAUAGCACUCGAUCUGGUUUUGGAGCACCUUACCGUUGAGGAGCAUUGCAACCUCGUCAGCUGGUUUCCGCGGCGGUCGAAAAAUACCAGCGUCCAAGCCUCCGCAGGGUAA